AUGUCGUGGAAACUCACUCAAAAACUCAAGCAGACCCAUCUGGGGCCUCUGAAGGAUACCUUCUCGCGAUCUCCAUCGACCUCCACGAUCACAGAUAAGGACCUCAAGGCCCAGGAAUCCAUCUCCGGGACAGCCACGCCUACCAACGACAGUGCGAGCACUACCGCAGAAACCCAAAACGAACAGCCUGUCAAGGCCCCCAAGCCUGGUAUCCUCGUCGUCACUCUCCAUGAAGGACAAGGAUUCUCGCUUCCUGAGCAACAUCGGAACGUAUUCAACUCAACCCAUACCGGCAGCUCGCUGUCUACAGGAAAUGCCCUCGCUGCGGCUGGCUCAGUUAGGCCCUCGACGUCGUCCCGAGGCUCUGGCUUCCUAUCCGGCCGCCCCCAGACAUCGGGCGGCUUCAGCGGCAUCCCCACAAACCAUGGCCGCGUCUCUACCAAGUAUUUGCCCUAUGCGCUGAUCGACUUCGACAAGAACCAGGUCUUUGUCAACUCGGUCGAGGGGAACCCCGAGAACCCCCUUUGGGCUGGUUCUAAUACCCAGUACAAGUUUGACGUUUCACGAGCGGCUGAGUUGGUGGUUCACCUUUACAUCCGGAAUCCCAAUGCCCCUCCGGGCUCGGGUCGUAGCCAGGACAUUUUCAUCGGCCUUGUUCGCAUCAACCCGAGGUUCGAGGAGAGACAGCCCUUCGUCGAGGACCCCAAGAUGAGCAAAAAGGAACGGGAAAAGGCUGCAGCUGAGCAUGCAGCCCGCGAGCGUGCUUCGGGCUUCUGUGGUGUUGAUUGGGUUGACGUGCAGUAUGGCACCGGCAAGCUCAAGAUUGGCGUCGAAUACGUUGAGAACAAGGGCGACAAGCUCAAGAUCGAGGACUUCGAGCUUCUCAAGGUUGUUGGCAAGGGCAGUUUUGGCAAGGUGAUGCAGGUACGCAAGAAGGACACCAACCGGAUCUAUGCGCUCAAGACGAUCCGGAAAGCCCACAUCAUCUCGCGCUCCGAGGUCGCCCACACUCUGGCAGAGCGCUCAGUUCUUGCCCAGAUCAACAACCCUUUCAUCGUUCCCCUCAAGUUUACCUUCCAGAGUCCCGAGAAGCUCUACUUCGUUCUUGCUUUUGUCAACGGCGGCGAGCUGUUCCAUCAUCUGCAGCGGGAACAGCGUUUCGAUGUCAACCGCAGUCGUUUCUACACGGCUGAGCUGCUGUGCGCCCUCGAGUGCUUGCACGGCUUCAACGUCAUCUACCGCGAUCUCAAGCCAGAAAAUAUCCUGCUCGACUAUCAAGGUCACAUUGCCCUCUGCGACUUCGGCCUUUGCAAGCUUGACAUGAAGGACGAGGACCGCACCAACACCUUCUGCGGUACACCCGAGUACCUUGCCCCUGAGCUGCUGCUGGGCAACGGCUAUAACAAGACCGUGGACUGGUGGACUCUGGGCAUCCUCUUGUACGAGAUGCUUACAGGUCUUCCUCCCUUCUAUGAUGAGAAUACCAACGAGAUGUACCGCAAGAUUCUCAGCGAGCCGCUGCACUUCCCCGGCCCAGACAUCGUGCCGCCGGCCGCUAGAGAUCUCCUGACUAAGUUGCUCGAUCGCGAUCCACGCAAGCGCCUGGGUGCCAAUGGAUCGGGUGAGAUUAAGGCGCAUCCCUUCUUCCACGCCAUAGAUUGGCGUAAGCUUCUGCAGCGCAAGUACGAGCCUGCAUUCAAGCCGAAUGUGGUGGAUGCCCUUGACACCGACAACUUUGACGUGGAGUUCACGUCGGAGCCACCCCAGGAUUCUUAUGUCGAGGGCCCAGUGUUGUCCGAGACCAUGCAGAACCAGUUUGCCGGCUUUACAUACAACCGCCCGGUUGCUGGCCUCGGCGAUGCUGGUGGUAGCAUAAAGGACCCUUCCUUCGUGGGCAGCAUCCAAGGCAGAUAA